AUGGACGUAAUUCGUCUACUCGCCGCAGCCUGCGCAGGCGCCGUAGCCGACCACGCUACAAACACCAUCUGCGGCACGCAGCCCGCUGUCUGCAACGGCACGUUCGCAGGGCGAGCGCUCGACCUUUCAAAGCUCGACCUGACAGGCACUCUACCGCCUGAGCUGGGAAGCCUCAACCUGGCGUUCAACAACAUCUCUGGCACCAUUCCCGCAGUAGCGAGUACUAAGCUGGCAAACCUGAGCUUGUGGUCAAACCGGAUCUCGGGCACAGUAGGAGCCGCUGCGCCCGUGCCGAUGCAGAUGCAGACGACCAUCGUGGGUAAAUUUGAGGCCGAUGGAAUCACCCUCACCAUCUCGUUGAUGGGUAACGACGACUGCUGCAUCUCGGUUGCCAACGGCCGGUACAUCCAAUGCAAUGUAUGUAUGCCUUAUCUUAUCUUCUUGGGGGGUCCCACGCUCGCCUUCGAAGCCCCGGACACAGUCUACCAGGGCUGCUGCUUUUCAAAGUGCGACCACUGUUGCUUCUGCUGCCCGUGCAAGUUCGUCCGUGUGCCGGAUGUGCCGGAGUCCCUGCCUGUGGCGACCGAGGAGCCCCUGCCUGUGGCGACCGCGGAGCCGCCUACGGCGACCGCGGAGUUGCCUGUGGCGACCGCGGAGUUGCCUGUGGCGACCGGCGACCGCGAAGCCCCUGCCAGUGGCGUGGUGAGCAAGCUGCUCGAGGCGCGCAGGGCGCAGCAAUGA